CAGCUCUACCACCACUAACACAUAGUAAAGUAAAAAAAAAACAUAGUACACUACAUAGUGAACAGUAAGUGAAUGAGUGAACAAGUGAACACAUGAACCAAUCCAGCUGCACACGCUUUCGGCAUGCGGGCUUUUUAUUGGCUGUUCUUCUCAUCGCUCAGUGGCUGUGGGCCAAUCAGAAGAGGGAUUCCUGUAACGCCCCUCCUCCUGUGUGCCUGGCUGCAGCGGUUGGGUUCAGAGAGUGGAGGGAUACCGAGAGGAGAAUUCUGCACCAUGGCCGGACUCACCAUGGCGGAUCUCAGUACUCCAGCUCUGCUGCUGGAUCUGGAGAUCGUGCAGAGGAACGCCAGGCUGAUGUUGGAUCGAUGCCAGAAGCUCGGAGUUCAGCUCAGACCCCAUAUGAAGACCCAUAAAACCCUGGAGUGUGCAGAUAUCAUGACGGGUGGGUCUCGGCGCUGCAUCGUGGUGUCCACUCUGGCCGAGGCGUCGUUCUACGCUGAUCACGGUUAUGAUGAUAUCCUCUACGCAUACCCGCUGCCCUUCGAUAAGGUGGAGCGCUGUGCUCAGCUAUCAGAGCGGCUCUCUCUGUUCCACGUGCUGCUGGACAACAGCCUCGCCCUGCAGCAACUGAAGAAGAGACCACUGAGCCACGGCAAGAUCUGGCACGUCUGGAUGAAGCUGGACUGUGAUAAUGGUAGAGCUGGUGUUCCUCACUCUGAGCCUGCUGCUCUGAAGUUGGCGCAGGAAAUCUCAGAGACAGCGGGGGUGGAGCUUACAGGAAUCUACGCCCACUGCGGGAACACCUACGGCUGUAAAGGGGAGGAGCAAAUCAAGGCUGUUGCCCAACAAACUACAGCAAUCACGCUACAGUUCAUGGAGAAACUAAAAGCUAUAGGGAUCCAGGGCCCCAAAUCCAGCAUUGGCUCCACCCCUUCCUGUAGUCACCCGGUCCCGGAGAUGGCGAUGUUAAGUGAGGUCCAUCCUGGAAACUAUGUGUUUUAUGACGUGCAGCAGUCUCUCAUUGGCUCCUGUAAACUUGAGGAUGUUGCAGUACGGGUGCUGACAAGGGUCAUAGGUCACUACCCACACAGAAAUCAGUUACUGGUGGACUGUGGCUGGACAGCUCUGAGUCUUGAUGGUGGAGGACGUUUACCUACAGGAUAUGCCAUCAUCGAGGGGCAUCCAGAACUAAAACUGACCUCCAUGACCCAGGAGCACGGCAGGGUGGAGCCAAUCUCUGGAGAGCUGGAUUUUAGUCAGUUUCCUCUGGGAUCAGUGCUCACGCUUAUUCCUCACCAUGCUUGUGCUACAGCUGCAAUGCAUCCAGUUUAUUAUGUCCACUCCAAAGGGAAGAUAGUGGACACUUGGAAACCCACUCGCGGAUGGUAAAGAGCCAAGGAACAGUGUGAAUUAAUCUGUCAGAAUUAAUGAGUAAAUUAACACUAAUUUCACUGUAAGAAAUUACUAGAACUUCUUUAUUAAAUGACAUGUGGAGACAUGGUGUGAUCAUUUGUUAAACUAAUUAAUGUAUAUUACAUUCAAUGCAAAUAUCAAUACAAACACUUGUGUGCUUGCUUAA